UCUCUCUGACGGUAGUCAGCAGUUAAUAUUCGAGUAAAAAUGGCGCUUGCUGAAGUUUGUGGUAUUAAUUCUCUCAUCGAUUUUAACUUUUUUCAAGAGAAGGAUAAAUUUGCUGGAGAAAUUGAGGCGUAUACAAAAAAUUUUUCUAACAAUCUUCAAUUGUCAGUGCCACCGUUUAUCAAUCCAGCUGAAACUCUGGGUUCUAUAGCUCAAGGUACUGAUGAUACUGGCAAACAUCUAAAGAUUAAAUUUGAUCAUGGAACCACUACUUUGGGCUUUCAGUAUCAAGGUGGUAUUAUUUUAGCAGUAGAUUCACGUGCCACAGGAGGGCAAUUUAUUGGUUCGUCCACUAUGAAGAAAAUAGUAGAAAUCAAUGACUAUCUUCUUGGAACUUUAGCUGGUGGUGCUGCUGAUUGCGUUUAUUGGGAUCGUGUUUUAGCAAAACAAUGCCGCAUGUAUGAAUUGAGAAACAGAGAACGUAUUUCCAUUGCAGCAGCAAGUAAAUUGUUAUCAAACAUGAUUUAUAACUACAAAGGGAUGGGACUAAGUAUUGGUAUGAUGCUGGCUGGUUGGGACAAACGAGGACCAGGACUUUAUUAUGUUGAUUCAGAAGGUACUCGUACUCCUGGCAAAGUUUUUAGCGUAGGCUCUGGAUCUGUAUUUGCCUUUGGGGUAUUGGAUUCUGGUUACAAAUGGGAUUUAACUGAUGAAGAAGCUUAUGAACUUGGAAGAAGAUCGAUUUACCAUGCUACACACAGAGAUGCAUACUCAGGCGGUAUUAUAAGAGUAUAUCAUAUGAAGUCAACUGGUUGGGUGCAUAUUUCAGAUGAAGAUUCUAAGGAUUUGCAUUAUGCAUAUCAUGCUGAAAAAGAAAUACAACCAAGUACUUUCCAGGUUUAAUAUAUAAAUUAUACAUUGUAUACAAGUUACCUAGUAAAUACUGGCUAAUAAUAAUGUUAUAUCAAUGUUAUAGUUUCCUGUUCAAUAGCGUGAGUAUGAUAUAACAUGUUUAUAAUAGUCACAUUAUUAAGUAGCAAAUUAUAACAUUAAUAUAACAUUAGUUACCAUAAUAUUGGUUAACAUAAUGUUUCUGUUGGUUAGUAUUUACUGGGUUAAUUGUUUAAAAAAUAAAACAAUUUCUAUUUGUAACUUAUGAGAAGUCAUCACAUUAAUUCAAUAUUGCAAACAUUACUG